AUGUCCGGCUCUGACCGCCUUCCGGAUUACCCGCUCCACUCAGAUUUGGUGAGGAGAUUAAAGUCUGCACUGGACGCCAGGGAUGAGGAGAGAGUGAGCCACUUGAUCUGCACCGAAGUGGGGCACGUGGACGCCGUGAUAGAACUGGCCAAUGAUGACUGGAUGAAGGACCCCUCGGCUCAGCUGCCCGCCAGCGUGCUCACAGGUAACCAGAAUGAUCUAAAGCCUCUCAUGAACCGGUUCUUCCAGGAUGCCAACGCGGUGUUUGAGAUCAAGAAGGAUGAGAUGGAGUGGCAGGUGAAAUCCCUAGCCACAUUUGGACUGUCAGGCCUCUGGACCCUAGAGUACAAGCGCGAGCUCACCACGCCCCUGUGCAUCGCUGCGGCCCGUGGCCACACGGCCUGCGUGCGCCACCUGCUCAGCCGCGGCGCGGACCCCGACGCCAGCCCCAGCGGCCAGGGAGCCCUGCACGAGGCCUGCCUGGGGGGCCACACCGCCUGCGCCCAGCUGCUCCUGCAGCACGGCGCCGACCCCGACCUGCUCAGCGCCGAGGGCCUGACGCCCCUGCACCUCUGCCGCACGGCCGCCUCGCUCGGGUGCGCGCAGGCGCUGCUGGUGCACGGCGCUUCGGUGCACCGCGCGAGCGGCGCGGGCCGGGACACGCCGCUGCACGUGGCGGCGCAGCGCGGCCUGGACGAGCACGCGCGCCUCUACCUGCGCUGCGGCGCGCGCGUGGACGCGAGGAACGGCCGCGGCGAGACGCCCCUGAGCGCGGCGUGCGGCCCGGCGCGGCGGCCCGACGAGCACGCGCGCUGCCUGCGCCUGUGCGCGCUCCUGCUGCGGCGCGGGGCGGCGGCGGACGCGCGCGACGAGGACGAGAGCAGCCCACUGCACAAGGCCUGCGGCCGCGCGUGCCCAGAGCUGGCGCGCCUCCUGCUGCGGCACGGCGCCGACGCGGGCGCGCUCGACUAUGGCGGGGCCUCGCCGCUGGCCCGCGCCCUGCAGACGGCCGCCUGCGCGCCCGAGGCCGCGCCGCAGCGCACGGUGCAGGCGCUGCUCAACCACGGCUCCCCCACCGUGUGGCCCGACGCCUUCCCCAAGGUGCUGAAGACUUGUGCCCCGGCUCCCAUGGUUAUUGAGACUCUGUUCAACGCCUACCCUCAGCUCCGCGUGUCCGAGUCCUGGAGGGAAGUGAUUCCUGAGGAAGUAUCUCAGAUGCACCAGGCCUUCUACCAGUCUUUCUUCGCCUUGGCCCACACCCCACGCUGUCUGCAGCAUCUUUGUCGCUGUGCCAUUCGGAAGUUAUUUGGCAAAAAGUGCUUUCGCCUCGUACCCCUGUUACCCUUGCCAAAGUCCCUGCAAAAUUACCUCCUUUUGGAACCAGAGGGUGUUUUGCACUGA